AUGCACCUCCUCCUGUGGAUCUUAUUAUCUGGUGACAUUGCUACCAACCCAGGUCCUGGUAAUGAUCAUAUGCUUCGGUGUCUUUCCUUCAAUGCCCAGAGUAUUCGAAGUACCAAAAAAUUACCUGACGGGACUUUAAUUGAUAACAUGAAGUCUGAAGAUCUGGUUUACGCAGAUAAUCUUGAUUUGAUUCUCGUAACUGAAACAUGCCUUAACAGCAACUUCUCAAACAAUGAAUUACUUUCAAAAGGUUAUAACAUAAUAAGAAACGAUCAAAUGGCUGACAAACGCGGUGGUGGGUGCUUAUAGCUGUACGUGAAUAUAUUACAUAUAAUAGACUAACCGCAAGUAAAAAUAAUCCAAACUGGUCAGAUCGUUUAGAAAUGAUUGCUCUUGAGUUAGAAAUGAUGAACACCAAAAAAUUUCUUGUUUCGGUUUGUUAUUGACCACCGAAUUGUAACUUAAAAUGAAUGGCUUGAAUUAUUCAAAGCAUUUCUGAAUGAUACUUCCCACUACGAUAAAGUACUUAUCACUGGUGACUUUAAUUUCCCAGACUUAACUUGGAAUUCCUCUCUUCUACCGAAUAUAUCAGAAAGGACCCCCUGCGGUUGGUUCAUCAGAGUUUAGAGAACUUACAUUCGACUUUUUUUUUCACCAAGUGAAUAUGUAUCCCACUAGACUAAACAAUAUCUUAGACCUUAUCCUAACAAACACUUCAGAAAACAUUGGUAGUUUAUCAUGUGUUUCAGCAAAAUCUUUGAACCUUUCAAGUGACCAUCGUCUGAUGUUCUUCGAUUUUAUGCUUCAUUUAAAAAUGCCAGGGCAUGACAAGAGAACUGUAUUCAAUUUCAAACUUGCUGAUUGGGACGGUCUACGAAAUGCACUAGUCAAUCACACUACUUUCACAUGAUCAGCCAAAACGUUAAUACAAGCUAAACAUACGGAGUAUUUUCAAAAACUUCCAUCUUUGUUAAAGUCCAGUAGCAAAAAGUUCUGGUCACUAUUUAAAUCCACCUCAAAUCACUCCAACAUCCCUGCUAAAAUGUCAUGGUCCAUUGAAGAUUCAACGUCUUCGACUGCUGACAACCCAGUUGAUAUUGCUGAUAUGCUAAAUCGCUACUUCUAGUCGGUGUUUCAAACUCCCGACCUUAAUCACAACCAACUCUUCUCUGUUGAUUUUGAAGAUGACAUGAUCGAUCUAACCACCAUCUCAGAUCUUACUCUAACCAAAGGAGAAGUUCGUUAUGUACUUCAAAAUCUUGAUGAAGAGAAAGCAACUGGUCCUGACAACAUCCCAGCUGUAUUACUAAAAAACUGCGCGGCUAGUAUAGCUCCGUCAUUAUGUGAACUUUUCAACAAAAGUUUAUCGUCUGGUCAACUUCCGCCAGAAUGGAAGUUGUCUAAUGUUUGUCCAAUCCCAAAGAAAAGUCCACUUCAUGAAGUUUCCAAUUAUAGACCAAUUUCACUUCUGUUGUUAGUCUCGAAGGUAUUUGAACGGUGCAUCUACAAUAGACUUACAGAUCAUAUCUCCAGCAAACUGAACGAGUUACAGCAUGGUUUUCAAAGAGGCAAGUCUACUACUUCCCAGCUUUUACAUGUUCUUCACAACAUUCAUAAAAUGCUUGAAAAAAGAUGCCAAGUUGACACAAUUUACCUCAACUUCGCGAAAGCAUUUGACAAAGUAAGUCAUGACCUUUUACUUGUGAAAUUCCAUAACGGCAUCAAAGGUAAUCAUCUUCGUUGGUUCAAAAAUUAUCUUUCUGGGCGUUUUCAAAGACUCACUGUACAUGGUGUUACAUCUCAGCCAUUCCCAAUACUAUCCGGCAUUCCCCAAGGAUCAAUUUUUGGACCAAUCCUCUUUCUAAUCAAUGUAAAUGAUCUCCCGAUAGCGUCUCCCAAGGUACUGCCGUGUCAAUGUUUGCUGAUGAUACUAAAUGUCAUCGCGCUGUCCGUAACCCCCAAGACAGAGAAAUCCUACAAUCAGAUCUUAACACUAUUACGAACUGGUGUCAAGACUGGAGGAUGGAUUUAA